AAUUGAGUAUAACUUAGUAUCAAAUGAAAUGUCUUUGUUUAAAUCAGAAUUCUCUCGUAUAAAAUGAACACAAAAAUUGAUCUCUUGAGCCUCACAGAAACAGAUUGGUUUUGGGGCAGCUCUCUGCACAUCUUGUUAAACGAAUCUACUCUUUUUUAUUUUAAAGUGCUUGUGAGAAAACACAGUUGAAUCAGUUGUUUAUUGAAGCAAGAGCUGAGAUUUUUCUCUUGCAAAAAGUGCUAGUUAAAUUCUUGGAAAAAAGAUUUUCAUCUGCAUAAAAAGCAUUAUAUUUCGGUUUUUAUGAAUUAUUUGUCUUUUCCCAGUAGAUACGAUUUUGUCCGUCAUAUGUAAGUUUGACGAUAUAAGUUAUCAAUCAUCUGGGGUUUGUGAUGUUAGCCUGUUUGACCAAUGCUUCUAGGAAGUUAAAAGUGCGUAUUUUUUUUACUAAAAAAAUUGCUUAUUUAAGGAGGUAAUGUAUUUGGUCAAGCUUCUAGCAAAAAAUAAGUGUUUUUGAAUAGAGGAAGAAACUAUUUAUCAAAAAAAAAUUGGAAUCCUGAUUAAGCACAAAUUGUUGUUCUAAUAUUGUAAAAGUAUUUUUUAAAUUAAUUAGCCAGACAAUAAUUGCUUAUUUCCAAAGUUACUUCUUUUGAAAAAAAAAAACAUUUCUAACAAAAAAACGCUUUAUAAAAUAAUUAGAUUCUAGAAGCUUGGCAAAACAUACUCGAUCUUAAAUAAAGUGGAAGAGAUGCAAGAAAGAAUAAGGACCACCAGAUUUGGAUAGGCUACUUCAACAACCCAACCUUACUUCAUCUUCUUUCUUCUUUUGUCUCACCUAUGAAACUUAAAGCUUACUCGCUAGAGUCCUACUGCCUCUGUAGUUCCACAAUGGCAAUGCAUCAUUAUCUUAGUACGGGAACAUCUAUGUCCUGUAACCGAAUAUACAUGACUCAGUCGCCCUCAGAAAACCAGAAAGACAGAAUCCAAUUUGCAGCACUGGAAUCAGUUUUCAGGAGGCGGCUACUUACGGGGAUUGGCACAGCUUCUCUAGUAGCCUUGGGUGCAGAUUUUGCUGGAAGCACUAGUUUCCUACUAGGCCUAUCGCCUGAUGGUGCUCGGAGUCUUAGGCUUGAUGUAAUUUAUCCUAUAGGAGGUUACACCCGAUGCCUUGAUACAAAUGAAGGAUUUGAGUUUGUAUAUCCAUCAACUUGGGUGGGAGAUCAGACUGUAUUGUAUCGAGCAGCGGGAAAAAUAGAACGAUCACUGGAUCUACCACCACUGAGCAAUGGUGAUCGUAGGCGGAAAAAUGUAAAUGAGCCGGUUGUUGCAUUUGGUCCACCGGGGUCAAAUGGGGAGCUCAAUGUUAGCGUCAUCGUCGCACAAGUUCCUAUUGAUUUCAUGAUAGAGACAUUUGGAGGACCAACGGAAGUAGGUGAAGCCAUAGUGCGGACUAUUACAGGAUCCGGCAAACGCCCUGAUUUGAAGGGGACACUGAUUCAAGCAAAUUUAAGAGAACAUUCAAAUCAAAAGUAUUACACAUUAGAAUUCCAAGUUGAGAGCCCAACAUUUCAGAGACACAAUGUUGCUGUUUGUUGUGCUAGGGGAGGAAAGUUAUUCACUUUGAAUUCUCAGGCUCCAGAAUCAAUCUGGCCAAAGGUGAAAGCAGAUUUCUAUAAAAUAGCUGAUUCUUUUAGCUUAAUAUCAUGACACUUUAUCCCAAGGCAGAAUGGAGAAGUCAUUGCCUAUGCUUCGAGGCAGUUAAAAAAUCAUGGGAAGGUUAACCCCACACAUGAUCUAAAGUUAGCCGCGGUAAUAUAUGCCAUGAAAAUAUGGCGACGUUACUUAUAUGUUGAGAGCAUUACAAGGUAUUCACGGAUCACAAGAGUCUUGAGUGUUCAUAAAAAAUCUUAUGUCCGUCCGUAUUCUAGGAUGGGUAGGAGGUUGUUUGUGAUUGCAUCCAAUAGAUUCUCUUAUUAAUUUUGUGUAUUUUCCACAUUUUUUACUGUUGAGCCUCAGGGAGAAAUGAGAGCAGUGUAAUGAAGUUCACAACAAAGAAGAAUUUCAUGUAGUAGGAGUAUGUCUAUAUUCACAAAGAAGUGGAUUUUGACACCGUAA